AUCCCAUUAUGGCCUUAAAUGAUCACUCCAUCCCACAAUGAAAUCCGAACCCACAGAUUAUACGACACCAGGUCCAUAACUAAUAUGAUCAGUGAGCCUCAGCCUACGGAUCAAAAGCCCAAUGGCUAGUACAACAAAGGCCGUGCACAUGCACAUAUUCUUGAACAUGCAGAUCUCGAUCGUCCAUCUAUAGGUCCCAUUGCAGACAUCACAAGUUCAGAUGAGAUAGACGGUUAAGAUUUCGCCAAUAUUGAUUGUAAUUCGAGGGAAUAACAACCCAACCAUCAGCGAUCACUCCCCAUUUCUCUCCACACUGGAAAGAACGCAGCGAGAGAGCUCCCCGAGAAGAAGAUCGAAAAAGUUCAGAAGAAGUGAUCUACAGAGAGAUUCACCUUAGCAAUGUUUCUUCGGGUGAUUGGACGGCCAUUGAUGGCCAAGGUGAAGCAGACAACGGGGAUUGUGGGUCUUGAUGUGGUCCCGAACGCUAGGCAGGUAUUGAUCAAUCUGUACACCAAAACCCUAAAGGAGAUUCAGGCGGUCCCUGAGGACGAAGGGUACCGUAAGGCGGUGGAGAGCUUCACGACGCAUAGGUUAAAGGUAUGCCAAGAGGAAGAGGAUUGGGAAAUGAUCGAGAAAAAAAUGGGUUGCGGCCAGGUCGAGGAGCUCAUCGAGGAGGCCCAGGACGAGCUCAAGCUCAUCGAGAAAAUGAUCGAGUGGGAUCCUUGGGGUGUUCCUGAUGACUAUGAGUGCGAAGUUAUAGAAAAUGAUGCGCCAGUUCCGAAGCAUGUUCCUUUGCAUCGACCUGGUCCUGUUCCUGAGGAGUUCUACAAGACAUUGGAGGCUGUGCAGUCCAAAAAUGGCGCACCUGCAGUCACCUCUGUUUAGUCAGAGUUAAAGGAGUAACUCUUGGGGUACACUCAAUUUGAGGAACAUUGAGUUUCAGAGUUCCAUCGAUCUCUUUGUUUUUGGUUUAUUGUUUUUGUUCACUUGUAAUUCCUAUUUACCAGAUUGAAUAGCCAAAACCAUUCAGUGAAUAAUCCUGACUUGAGCAGAUGUUACCGAAAGUUUAUUUAUCAAAUCUCAUUCUUGCUUUCCUGUUAAAAUAACUUGCGAAGAAAAAGAAGAAGUCGGUUUUGCA